AUGUUGAAAAAGAAAUUUAAGAAGAAGUAUAAAAACAUAUUUAAUAAUAAUGAAUAAGAUUAAAUCGUAUCUUAUAUUAGAAGAACCGAAUUUAGAUAAUAUGAUCAAAUAUAUAAUGAUUAAUAAUAUCUUUUGGGUUAUUUUUCGAAAGAUAAAGGAAGAUAUGAGGAUUAUAAAAAUUCAGUUUUAGUUAAUUUUGCUGAUAAAAAUGUAGGUGGCUUAAGUUUUGAUCCUGUAAACAUAGCUUAAGAGGAAGUAAUUAUUUCAAAUUAUUGUUUUAAUAGGUUUUGAUUUUAACACAUCCUGAAGCGGUUAUAAGCAUGUUAUUUAUGUAAACUAUGGAUGAAAAUGAAGCUAUUCUUAUUUAAAAUGUAUUUAGAUUUAAAGAUUAUGAUGGAUACGGAUAGACAUUUAGAUGAAAAGAUGAAGAUUAUUGUUAAUUAAUUUAGCAAAAUACAAAAAUUAUAAAAAUCAUAUUUGAGUAAUAUUUCACAAUUAAUAUCAUUAUGCUAUAAGAAUUGGUAAAUGUAAUUUGAUCAAGUUUAUAUUAAUAGAGAAUUGACUAAAAGUUAUGUUGCGUUUUCAUUAGAACUUAAUUACACAAAUAAUGAAAAUAUAUCAACUGGUAAAUGGGGUUGUGGAAUAUUUAAUGGGGAUGUUUAAUUAAAGAUUUUGAUUUUAUUACCUGCAUUCUUAAUGGCAUAGUAAGAUUGGUAGUAAAAACAUGAAUAAAACAAAAUGUUAGAUUUCAAAAAUAAGACAGAAAGAAUUCUAAUUUUUAGUUCUUUUCAUAAUAAUUAGUUUGAUGAUUUAAUUUACUCUUAUGAAAAAUGCCUAAAUGAAAAAAGAUUAAAAAUUUUGCAAAACAAUAAUUUAAGAGAUUGA